UGAAUGUCCUUGAAAGUAAUGUCGUUGCUCAAACACUGUCGCUGCCUUGCUGCGAGAGAUUCAUUCACGCAUUUUUUCCUCAAUUGCGCGUCUGUCGCAGCGCGAGUUGAAGCACAGAUUGUCCUCGUUUCGGUCAUCGAAUCCCGUCGUCAUGUCUGGGUUCGGCAAGGACAGGGAUCCGUCCAAGCGAUCGACUGAUGGAGCGCAGGUGCAAUGAAUGACUGCGACAGCUUCGGAAACAGGGACCAUGUCUACCAAAGAAUCGAAGGAGGUAGCCGAGACCAGAAGAAGCAGUAUGACCUGGCAAGAGCAGUCCAGGAUUCGACUGCCCAAAGCAAUGAGGAGACUGGUGGCAUUCUCGGACCACUGUGUAACACCAAAUCUCAACUAAUUCGUAGAGCUGAGGAAGAUGCCGAAUACCAAAAAUUGAAUAGAUUGCAGAGGUUGCGGAGAUUCAUGUAACUGACACCCUCUGAGAACAUGACAUUACCUGCACGAAUCGGAACCUGCAACUCGAUACUCAACCCU